AUGACCACUUACGCCACACCCACUUACGCCACACCCACUUACGCCAUGACCACUAACGCCACACCCACUUACGCCACACCCACUUACGCCAUGACCACUUACGCCACACCCACUUACGCCACAUCCACUUACGCCAUGACCACUUACGCCACACCCACUUACGCCAUGACCACUAACGCCACACCCACUUACGCCAUGACCACUUACGCCACACCCACUAACGCCAUGACCACUAACGCCACACCCACUUACGCCAUGACCACUAACGCCACACCCACUUACGCCAUGACCACUUACGCCACACCCACUUACGCCAUGACCACUAACGCCACACCCACUUACGCCACACCCAUUUGCGCCAUGACCACUAACGCCACACCCACUUGCCCCCAGUGA